AUUCUUAUUUUUCUAGGCAAGUGAAUCCGGCACGCAACAGCAACGACCGCCCCGAAAGAGAGCCGGAAAAAAAGGGCAGGAAAUCGCCACCGCCCGCACCUAUUUGAGCAGCCGCUUGUUCCUUCCGCAAUCCGCGUCCUCGCUGCUCCUCAAUUCGAUUGGCUCCGUGUCGACCUCCAGGUCAGGCGACCUUUCCUCCUCUUCAGAUCGCUGUAUUUUUUUUUUUGUUCCCUACCCCAGUCCCCAGCACCCAGCCCGGAAUCUGCAACCUCGCCAGCGGUUGCUGGGGGUUCUUCCCCUUGUUCGAUCGGUUGGUUGCUUGACUGAUUGGCCCGCUUCCUUUGUUCCUGGUUGAGAAGGAAAGCAUCGCGAGUUCGCCAUACGGAUGGGUUCCAAAGCGCCUUUCUGUCUCACGCUCCUCUUGCUGCUCGCCGCGGCCUGUGGACCUGCUGCACAUGCCAACGAUGCUGUCGAGCUCCCGCAUCAUGGCUCAGCCUUGAAGGAACAUAUUUCUUCAACCAAGAUUCCUGCCCGUCUCAAGAGGGGCAGCGGACUAUGCUCGGCCUGUGAAAACUUCACGAGCGAAGCCGUCACUUAUCUCGGCAAGGAACAGACACAGGACAGGAUCGUGGAGUUCCUUCAUGAUGCUUGCUCCCAAUCAUUCUCCUUUGAACAGAAGUGUGUCGAGCUGAUGGACUCUUAUGCGACUCUCCUGUUUGCCAAGAUCACGGAGAUCAGACCGGAAGCGUUCUGCAAACGGUAUGGCCUGUGCAGGGACACGGCUCUUCUCUCCGGUGUGGGAAGUGACAGCACGUGUGUGUUCUGCCACCAUCUGCUCGAUGAAAUCAUGUCCAAACUGAAAGAUCCAGAUGCGGAGUUUGAGAUAAUUCAGAUUCUUGUCAAGGAGUGCAAUAAGAUCGAAGGUCACGUCCAGCAGUGCAAGAGGCUGGUUCUGCAAUACAUUCCCCUCAUCUUGGUGAACGGUGAGAAGUUCCUCGAGAAGAACGACGUCUGCGCGCUCGCACAGGCUUGUCCAGCGAGCAGUAGGAAGACGUUCAGCUCGAUGUUGAAGGGAGCGUUGUGGAGUGACGCCUGGCUUGAAGGUUGAAGAAGAACACACGGAGCGGUUUAGCAGUGGUCAGAAAUAGUGUGAACAAGUGCUGUGCUGUACAUAUAAUAAUGUCGUGUAUAAAUGCAUGAAGGACGUGUGCCCUGCAUUCUUUUCGUCUUGUAUCAUAAAUUCAUAAACACGUCGUCUUAAGUAAUUGUUUAUGGACACCUAGAGGGGAUGAAGGUUAAAAUAUUUGGCCUUGAGGUAUGAUGCAGCCAAUCAAUUUGUAUCCACAAAGUUUCAGCGCUGGCGACUUGAAACUGCAAAUGAUGUGGUAUUUUUAUUUGCAUCAAAGCUCAAGAUUUCAGAGUAGGAAAGAGUGGUGUUUCAGAAACAACAGAAUACGUUGCUGUUAAAAGUGACGCUGGAACGGUUUGCUGCACUUACUGUUUGUGUGUAAAAAUAGUGAAGUUAGUGGAAUGAAUGAUCCUGGCCAGUUUCUCUUAAUGAAUGAUUCUGGCCGGUUUAUGUUAA